AUGUCGGAGUCAAACAGAGCUAGUUCAGCGUCUGAUAUGAUUCGCUGUUGUGCAAAUUAUCAUCCAAGCAUUUGGGGUGAUUAUUUUCUCAAGUACUCAGCUUCUCAUCUUGUAGAAAUUGAUUGUGGCAUGAUGGAACAACACAAGCAGCUGAAGGAGGAAGUGAGACAAAUGAUAAUGGCAACUACUAAAGAGCUUCCACAGAAAUUGAACUUCAUCGAUGUAGUAUUUCAGGACAAGGAUGGCAAGUUUAAAGAAUCUUUGACUGCUGAUGUGAGAGGAAUGCUAAGUUUGUACCAAGCUUCAUACCUCGGGGUGAAAGGAGAAGAUAUAUUAGAUGAAGCACUGUGUUUCACCACAACCCAUCUCCAAUGCUUGGCAGUGUGGGCUAAUCCACUCUCAGCUGAAGUUACUCAUGCUCUUAAUCAACCAAUUCGCAUGGGUUUCACAAGGCUAGAAGCAAGGCACUUUAUGUGGUGGAAAGGCUUGGACGUUGCAAAGAAACUACCUUUCGUGAGAGAUAGAAUUGUGGAAUGCUACUUUUGGACAUUAGGAGUGUACUUUGAGCCCAAGUAUUUCAUGGCCAGAAGGAUACUAACCAAAAUGAUUGCUUUGACUUCCAUUAUUGAUGACAUAUAUGAUGCCUAUGGCACCUUCGAAGAACUUGUUUCUUUUCACUGGUGGGAAAACAAUGCUAAAGAUCAACUCCCGAUGUGGAUGAGAGUCUGCUACCAAGCACUUUUGGACUUUUAUAACAUGAUUGAUGAAGAGAUGGCCAGGGAAGGAAAAUCAUACCGUGUUGACCAUGCAACAGCUGCAAUGAAAGAUCUAGCCCAAGCAUACUUUAUUGAAGCCAAAUGGUACCAUGAAGGCUAUGUUCCAAACAUGGAAGAGUACAUGGGCGUUGCACUAGUGAGCUGUGGUUACAGAAUACUUGCCAUCACUUCAUUUAUUGGGAUAGGAGACUUGGUGACAAAGCAGUCUUUCGAUUGGAUAUCCAGUAACCCUCUAAUUGUUGAAGCUUCAUCAGUGAUAUGUAGGCUCAUGGAUAACAUGGUAAGCCACAAGUUUGAGCAAAAAAGAGGGCAUGUGGUCUCAGCAGUUGAAUGUUACAUGAAGGAGUAUGGGGCAUCAGAGGAAGGGGUGCAUGUACAUUUCAAUAAACGCGUGGCAGAUGCAUGGAAGAACAUGAAUGCAGAGAUGCUUCAACCCACCGCGGUGCCAAUGCCUCUUCUUGAGCGGAUUCUGAAUUUUGCAAGAGUUAUACAUGUUUUAUACAAGGACGAAGAUGGCUACACUAACUCUGGAGGCAAGACCAAAGACUUCGUGACCUCACUGCUAGUGGAUCCUGCGCCAAUGCACCCCCCAUAUUCAGCUGAUCUCCCUCCAUAA